AUGUGCAUGAAAGCUACUUGUUCCACCUGCCACAAAGCAACCUGGUGGGGAUGCGGCAGCCACAUCCCCGCAGUGCUGGACUCCGUCCCUGAGAGCGAGCGCUGCACCUGCACGCCCAAGGUCGAGCGCGAUGGAAAGGAGUACCCUCCAAAGGGUAGCAACUGA